GGAAAGGAUGAGGCCUCUGCUGCAGAAAACAAACCCCCCCGGAUGCCCCAGGGGAAGGUGGGGGACAGGAGCUCCAUCCUCUGCUCUGGGCAGUUCUUCUUCGAGUACCUGGUGGUGGUGUCGCUCAAGAAGGUCUCAGAGGGACGCUACGAACCCAAAAUCUCCUACCAAUUCCCAAAGCGUGAGAACCUGCUGAAGGGCCAGAGGGAGGAGGAGGAACGUCUGCUCACAGCCAUCCCCCUCUUCUGCUUCCCCGACGGCAACAACUGGGCCCCCGUCACCGAGUUCCCGAGUGAAACCUUCUCGUUCGUGCUGACCAACGUGGACGGCAGCAGGAAGAUCGGGUACUGCCGGAGGCUGCUGCCCUCUGGCCGGGGGGUCCGGCUCCCAGAGGUCUUCUGCAUCAUCAGCUGCCUGGGCUGCUUCGGGCUCUUCUCCAAGAUCCUGGACGAGGUGGAGAGCGGCGCAGAUUCUCCAUGGCCGUGAUUCUACCCCUUCAUGCAGGGCCUGCGGGAAUCGCCCUUCCCGGCUCCCGGGAAAUCCGUCACCAUCAGGAGCUUCAUCCCCGAGUCGGGCACUGAGCUCAUCGAGCUCACCCGGCCCGUGGACGCCCGCCUGGAGCACGUGGAAUUCCAGGCUCUGCUCCAGCGGCUCAGCCCCGACCUCAUCCUGCACAUCUUCGCCUCGGCCGUGCUGGAGCGGAGGCUCAUCUUCUUGGCAGAGGAGCUCAGUGUCCUGUCCCAGUGUAUCCACGCCGUGGCUGCUCUGCUGUACCCCUUCACCUGGGCACACACCUACAUCCCCGUGGUCCCCGAGUGCCUCCUGGACACCGUCUGCUGCCCCACGCCCUUCAUGGUGGGCAUCCAGCUGCGGCACCUGGAGCGGGUCCUGGAGCAGCCCAUGGAGGAGGCCCUGAUGGUGGAUCUGUGCCAAGGGAAGAUCAUCCGGGCGGUGGGGGAUGAGGAGCAGAUCCUGCCCGUGAAGCUGCAGAACGAGAUGCUGACGGCCCUGACCAAGCACAACUACAACAACAACGUGCUCACCCAUUUCCAGCAGAAAAUCACCGAGUACCAGGAGCAGAAGAAGCACCGAAGAGACUCCUGA